CUGCGGCGGCCGUGGCGCAGCGGCGGGGCCGGGCGGUGAGGGGAGGGCAGGAGGGCGGGUAGGGGGGGACAGCGCCAUGGCCAAGUGGGGGCAGGGGGACCCGCGCUGGAUCGUGGAGGAGCGCGCGGACGCCACCAACGUCAACAACUGGCACUGGACGGAGCGGGACGCGACCAGCUGGUCCAAGAGCAAGCUGCGGGAGGUGCUGGUGGGGCUGGCGGUGGAAGGGGAGGCCGGGCGCUGCGAGAUCAGCGAGCUGAAGCAGGUGGAAGGGGAAGCGUCCUGCAGCAGCCGCAAAGGGAAACUCAUCUUCUUCUACGAGUGGAACCUGCGCCUCAGCUGGAGAGGUACAGUGAAAGAGUCUGGUGAGAAACAUAAGGGAUCUGUUGAAAUUCCUAACCUGUCAGAAGAAAAUGAGGUAGAUGAUACAGAGAUAAACGUUAGCAAAAAGAAAGGGGAAGGCGAUGUUCUGAAGGAACUUAUGAGAACUGCAGGAACCACAAAAGUCAGAGAGGCCCUGAGAGAUUACCUGAAAGCACUUAAAACAGAGUUCACCUUGGGAAUGAUUCUGCCAACAAAAGCGACCGUUGGUCAGGAGCUGGCUGCUGAGCGAGAACUGAUUGGGAACACCGUGCAGGAUUCUGUUUCACCACAGUCUUUGGAUAUAGUUGGUGUAAAAAUUCCAACAGUGAAGAUACUUAUGAGAGAGAUCUUCAACUCUGCAGCAGAUGAACUUUAUAGCAUCUUCACAACUAAGGAAUUGGUACAGAAGUUUUCUAAAUGUCCUGCCGUGGUUGAAGCUGAGAAAGGAGGCAAACUUCAGAUGUUCGAUGGCUUUGUCAGCGGUGAAUAUGCAGAACUGGUCCCAAACCAGAGAAUUGUCCUGAAGUGGAGGUGUAGAAGCUGGCCUGAUGAACAUUAUGCGAUGGUUGCCUUGAAUUUCAAGGAUCUGGCUGCUCAAACGGAACUGCAGUUAGAGUGCAAAGGAGUUCCCGUCUCGAAUGAAGAAAGUACAAGACGAUGCUGGAAACAGCAGUAUUUUGAAGAAAUACGUAUUUUACUGCAACAAUCCCAAGACACCAUGGAAUGAGAACAGCACUGUAUUUUUGUUUUUAGGGCAUUACUUUUUAUACUUGGUUAACUUCAAAGUAAUUUAUUUGGGGGAAGAAUAAAGACCCACUGCUAUAAUACUGUAUAUAAUUUAAGCAUUAUUUAUGGAUUUCUAGUGAAUGACGUGGGGAGUAAGUCAGACUAUGUAUUAUAAACAACUUCACUUGCAGAAACUGAUCUGUUUGCCCGUGACUUCAGAGAGCAAUUACGAUUCAGCUGCAGUAGAGCACUGCUGUCAUAGGCAGGACACCAAUGUAUGUCAACCUUACCACUCAUAAAUUUGCAUCAUCCAGAAGAUAAAGAUGUGCUCCUCUUUUCUACAGGCGAGGUUUUCCCUGAAAAGUUUGCAGUCAGUUAUUUUCUUUGAACUUCAGUGAGGUUUGUUGUAGUAACGGGAACAAACACCUCACGGUGAUAGGACAGAUGUACAGACUGGUCACUAAGGGUCACACUGUGUGUGUUUUAGGUGUCCAGGUAGAGGGUGGAAACAGCCUCUUCAGAAAUUUUAUGUUUUAGCAUUUUCCUUUUUCUAAAUGCUAAAAAUUGUUACCUUUUUUGAUAAAUAUUCAAGGACAAGGCCCUAACAUUUUGAAUACAAAAAUGAUUUAGAGCAUUGGUUGACAAAAGGGCAACCUUGAAAUAGAAAAUCUAGGUUUUAGACCGAGGUCAGUUUUGUCUAUAGACUGCCCAAGGGAUUUUUGUGACAAUAUGGCAUGUGGGAGUAGGAUGUUAAAUCCAAUCACAAGUUUCUUCAAACAGUGUAUCCUACUGGCUCCACAGUUUUCCUUCCUAACUAAAAAACCCAUCUGAGAGUCACAAGUGCCCACGACUUGUGUUUUGCUAGUCUGAAUUUUCACGUCUCCUUCCACUAGCAGGCGUGUUCAACUAGAUCAAUUGCCAGUCAUCAGUGGUAAAAAAGAAGUGACUUACUUGUGUUGGCAGUGUUGCACCACUCACUUCCAGAGCCCCCAGAAAACGCAGCAGCUGCUGCAGGAAGGUCCAGGACUGUGUGAGGAGGAGCAGCCCCAGCCAGCCCUCGUUUCCUCUUGAAGGAAAGGGGAGUGAAGCAAAGAUGACCUUGCCUUUACAAUUCUUCUUCCUUCGUGCCUGCACAGCUGUAAGUUUGACAAUCUGUACAAGCUUUGUUGAGCUAAAACCACAAAGUACCUACCUUUUAAUCCUGCUUGUAGGCCAGCCUGGUGUACAAAAUGGGCAGACAGCUCCUGAUGACUGUCCUUAGAGUCAAAAAAGGGACAUUUUUCCUUUUGCUUCAGCAGCAGUCCUGCACUCUUCCCAUCCUCGCUGGAUGUGCUGGAACUUGGCUGACUUAGUCCUGUAUUGCUGACCUGAAAGUUCAGUUUUUCCGCACAGUUAUUCUGGAACUGAGAAAAAUCAAAGACAAGUUCAUUUUACGUGUAGCAGGCAGCCUGCAGGACAAUGUCUGGCACUGCCAGCCAGCCACAGCAUCAAGGGGACAGUCAUCAUCUGGGAGAGGCAAAACUUAUUCCUGAGUGCUAACAUUUCUCAGAGUCUCCAAGAGUUUAAUAUUAUAAUAUUAAUAAAACCAAAAAGUAUUAAACUACUUGUUAUCCCCCAGCCCUUGAGCUGGAUGGAGCAGAGUUAGGAAUUACGUAUUAUUUAGUUAACAGUAUGGUAAUGAUAUGAUAGUAUCACACAUAAAGAAAUGACAGUACCAUAAACAUAGUUUGUUUUCUAAAUACAAAUGUCUGUGAAAAGCUUCCCCAUCCUAAAAUUUUCCCAAUAUAACAAAAGAGAAAUAGCAGGGGUGGAGAGACAUGUAGAGAGUUUGAGGGAAGUAGGCUCAGAUUUAUUGGAAUUCAUGUGUUUUUAAGGAGUCAAAUGAGCAGAGAGGACAGUAUGAAAGAAGCAACAAAGCAGGACCAGGAAAAGAGUUUUGCUUGUGGUAUUAAAUGAGAGGUGGGAUGAGCCGUGUAAGAAUAAAAGCUUUAAGAGACUGAGGAAGCCAGUUAAAGAUGGGGGUUUUCAAAGAAAGGGAUUUUAAAACAUUAUUGAAAGCAGAGGAAUACAAACAAAAAAACUGACUUACAGUAAAAGAAGGAAAAUACAACGGAAGAAAUCGGGAGGGACACAAGGAGAAAAGAAACAGGUGCAACUGAGGAUAUGGAAGCGGAGACAAAUUUGUGCAGAUAUCCUUGUGACCACGUGAAUCGUCGACUCAAUGGUCCUACACAGCAUGUCUAAAAUGUCAUGCUGCUGCGUGUGACUGAAGAGUCCUCUGGAAUGGCCACAACUCAUGGAUAAACCCGUGUCCGGGUCCUGGGAUGCUAAGGCUUGACCGUCACAGCUCCUCAAAUCCACCAGGUCAGAUAAAACCGCGGAAAUGGAUGUGGAAGGGAACUCCGAGUCCUCCUCGGCUCCAAUGGAAUCCUUGGCAGUCUGCAAGUCUUUGAAUUCUUUGCAUUCUUCAAAUUUACCGUUUCCUGCCUGCUCCUCCGUGUGCUGUGAGCGCGUCGCUAACAUUACGUCUUCUGAAAAUGAAGAUGGAACUUCCAUUCUGUACUCUUUGACAGAACUGUUCUCGGGGGAAGGAGGAUCCUGCUCCGUGCCUGGAUCAAUGAUCGAAGAGUCCCGUGUCUCGUUAUCUGAAGUGCUCGUUGGGGUCAACGCCUCCCGGGGUUCAGUCUUUGUAUCACUGAUACAGCUAUCUACAGUGUGCUCCUCGUCACUGCUCACCCGUCUUCUCUUCACAGGAGUAGCUCCUUCGUCAUCUGUGGAAAAAGGAAAACUCGCUUAGGGAAAGCAUCCUACGCAUCCAAAUAACAGGCUUUUCACAUUUUUAUCCUUUUCCACAUUAAAUACUUAUUUCCUUAUAGAAAAUUCAUGUAAUUGCCUAGAAUUUUAGCUCCAUAAUAAAAUAAUAUUUCUUCUGUA